AUGGUUACUACACGUAGCCAGGCGUCCCGGCUCGCAACGGACAUCCACAAGAACCCUCAGCAACAAGAGGGAGACAAUAAUCCCAGCGACAGCGAAUCAAGCAGUAUUGAAGAACAGCGACUGCCCCACCCAAAGCCACUACUGGCUCCAGAGCUGGAUCUCUUGAGAUGGAUCACCGAAAUGCGUGAGAAGCUUGAUCAUGAUAGUGUUUCGAUCGGAAGCUGUCAGGAUCAACUUGAAUAUUUCUACGCAAGUCUGGGCUUCCGAAGCAACAAAGUAAUUGGAAGUUUACGAUCUCACGAUAUGGACAAGUAUCAGGGUGAUGAGUCCGGCGGCUUCGACUACUGGCAGACUCUGCGGAAACUUCAGCGUCGUUUCCUCCCUGAGCUUGAGGAACAGAAAUACAUCAAAAGCCUGGAUGCAAAACCUGGUCAGAAAAUUCAUCUCCUCGAUUUGCCCCAAGAGAUCAUCAUGUGUAUUGCGCACUGGUGUCAUUACCAGCCUCGUCGUACCACAAAUCCGGACUCGCAUAUCUCAAACAACCCACAAGAGUUGCAAAUACCCAUUGGAGGUGGACUCGAUCGACUCUCCCAAGUGAGCAAAUUCGUCAGGUCCCUGGUAGUUCCCCUGAUGUUCUCGCGGGUUGAACUGUCGUGUUUCCGGAUAGAUCUUGCCCAGUGCCUUGGGAGCCUUCUUGAGCUCGAGAAGUUUCUACCACAUGUGCGCAUGUUCGGUUUGGUGGUUUGUGAGUUAGAAGAACCACCCCGCUCUAUAAGUGCGGCAGAAAGAUCCGAUGACGAACGAAGUGCGAUAUCCCUGAUCUCUGCUCUAAAGGCUAUGAGUGGUCUCAGAGAAUUCGCAUUGUACAUUGAAGAUUUGGAGGAUAAUUUACUGGCAGAGAUCAGUAACCUUGUACGUGACUCGGAGUUGCGUCUUCCAUUGCUUACGGGACUUCGUAUUUCGAGAAAUUGCAGUUGUGACAAUUUGGGCGUGGAUGACAGCUGCGUAUCAACUUUCCCCCUUUUCUACGCACUAGCGAGCAUGGGUCCCAAUGUUGAGAGAGCAUCACUGGACUUCGAAGAAGUUUUUAAAACUCGUCAAGUGCCUGGUCUUUCUGGAUUUGGCGACUUGCCAAAACUGGUAGAGGUUAGAUUUAAAAGGGGCGCAUUCCCUUUGUCAAACGCAAAUAUUCUAACCAUUGUUGAGGCAUUUCCUCGAUUGCAGCGUCUUGAUCUCCCAGAACCUCUGGAAACUCGGUCACCCAAGUCGCUCAUACCAAUCCUAUCCCUGCUGACUGACCUGGAAUUCUUGGCCCUUUGCAUUGAUCCAGAGAACCCCGAGUCCAUUGAGGAUUUUUCUCGCCUCCAAAAAAAGAAGUGCAUUGCGGAGGACUUUUUCCUUCAAUGUCAUAGACUGCAGCACAUAUAUCUGAAAUCGCAUUUCAGCUCGCGAAUUGGGCACACUACUGACGCCUUCGUUCGGCUCAAUCACUCAGCAAGAUCACAAUAUAGCCAGGUUUUGCAACCUUGGGUGGAAGUUGAGAAGGCUUUUACACAAGGCCACUUCGACCGUGACUUUCCAUUAGGUAGAAACUACGAGGUGAGCCCUAUUUGGAAUGCACAAGGUUUCCCCAGGAUCAUGCAACUAGGAUGGCGUCCUCGAAAAUCUCAUUCUCCGACGACAUGGAAUUAUUUCAAGGAAGAGCAGGAGAUUGUCAACGGACAUGUGCAAUCUAGGUGGGCCAAAACAGAGUUCCCCCCGUAUGACUCGAUGCUAGAUAGGGAGGUUUGGCAAUCAGAACAAGCAUGGGAGGACUUUCGAUAA